GGAGAUUGGGUGGGGUAUGUGUGUGUGCGUGUGUCUGUGUGCGCAUGCCCUUUUCUCUUGUGCUAGCAUGCACACCAUUGCUAUGCUUGCUAUCUUUCUCACUCACAUAGACAGGUUGAAUAGAGGACAUCAGAAUAGCAGCCUUACAGACAUGUGGUCUUGUCAGUCAUCUCCCCGUGCUUCCUUGCUCCAUUUUGUUCUCUGAUUGUGUGUGUCAGUGUAUUUGCAUGUGUGUACUCGUGUGCAUGUGACUGAACUGCAGUGGUUCAGUCUGUAGUGGUUCAACUGUCUGCAAAGGAACCAAACAAAAAGCAGACUUACUGCCGCAACUCAGCUUGCAAGCAUUGUUUACUUUCUUUUAUCUAGUGCAAAGAACUAAAGUUUAAAGUGCUUUAGGGUGGGGACACUGCUCUAGACUGGAAGAUCCGGUUCCUUCUUGUGUGAGGGUUGAAAAUGGCAGUUUUGCGUCGUGGCCUAGUGUGGCUGCUGCUGGCUCUGCUGAGUGUCGGAGUAUGGACUCAGGACGCAGUGGAGGUAGAAGAAGAGAGCCAGGACGAAGCAGAGGAGCUGGGGGAAUUGAACACAGAAGAAAGUGAUGAGGAAGGUGGAGAAGCAGCUGAUGAGGGAGCACAGGAUCUAGGAGGAGGGAGUGAUGAAGAGGAAAAUGGAGAAACAGAGGCAGAUAAUGAUGAAGAAGAAGAAGGGGAUCAGUCAAAGGAGGAAGAAUCUGCAGAGGACACUUCUGCUGAGGAAGAAGACACCACAGAAGAGGGUGAGACAGAUAGAGGGGAUAGUGUAGAGGAGGAGGAGGCUGAGGAUGAAGCCACUACGGACGACGAGGUUGAAGGAGAAGAAGAUGCAGAGGAGGAUGAGGCUGAAGAUGUAGAGGAAGAUGGAGCUGAGGAGGAAGAAGCUGUAGAUGAAGAGGAGGAGGAGGAAGAGGAGGAGGAGGAAGAAACAGAAGAAGAGGAGGAAGAGGAGGAAGUUACUGUGUCUCAUGACAAAGAUGACAGUGAGGAGGAGGAUGAUGAAGAAGAGGAAAAGGAUAGCAGUGUACAUUCUGCAGCAGAAGAGGAUGAGGAGGACCAGGGCAAAGUCGAUGAUGAUGAGCGUGGACAAAAAGACGCAGAUGAUAAAACUGAGGAAAAAGUUGAAGAACACAUUGGUGAUGAUGAAAAAGGAAAAGCAGCUGAGGCAGAGACCACAACUGCAUCACAGUAUCACAGUGGAUCUCUGUGUAGCCUGUGCUCCACCUGUGAGCACUGCAAUAGCUGUGAUAAAUGCCCGUGCGAGGCAGGAGACUCAUCAGUGCAUUGCCAGCACUGUGACCAAUGCUCCUACUGCUACAUAUGUCCUGUGAUUUGUGAGACGAUCUGCGAGCCAGGCGGCUUUAUCGACGUGAUGUCUGGAACAGUGUAUCAAACUAUUGCCUCAUAUCUCUGAAGAUAUUUCACGUUGUCUCCUAUGCCAUCCUGUGGUGGACAGCAGAAGUAAAGCUCAGCGGCUGAGUGAUGCAUGACCUUUUAUCUGUCCAUCUUAAGAAGUUUAUAGAGAUCAUCAAGGAGAUAUUUAAAGCAGAUCUUUUAAAUGCUAUCUUUAAGUUUUUUUGUUUACAGAAAUACAGACUAUUUAUUUUCAGUUUCAUUAGAUUCUCUUCUCGUGAUAAAAUACUUGUAUUUAGUUCCACCAGAAAUAAAUCAUUUCAAUAAAGAACAGAUACGAUACAUGA